AACUUGUCGAAGAUGGAGUCUCUAGCGUUGGGAGAAUUAAUUGAGUGGAAGUCUUCCAACAAACAUUUGUAGUAAUCUUCCAUUUCUUGCUCGGAUUUAUCUAUCUGGAAAUAAGAUGAAUGGCGGAAUUCCGACAAAUCUAUCACUGUGUUCACAGCUUCAGGUGCUGUCCCUAUCUGAAAACUCUUUUAAUGGGCAGAUACCUGCGGAAAUCGGCUACUUAACUUCACUUCGUAUUUUAUACCUUGGUUCUAACAAUUUGAAAGGUACUCUACCACCUGAGAUCGGCAAUCUUCACAACCUGGUUGGCUUCGGUGUUGAAAUUAAUCAGACUGGGGGCUUUUUUUCCUUGCAUAUGUUUGUGAAUAUGUCAUAUUUGGAAGAAUUAUCACUAUGGCGCAACAAUUUCACAAGGAAUCUUUCAAGGAAUCUUGGGAAUCUUACUAAGCUAACCUACUUUGACCUCUCCGAAAACUACAUGACAGGGCUUAUUCCAACUGAAUUUGGCCAACUUUACCAACUAAAGACAUUAGGGUUAGGGCUGAACCUCUUCAGUGGUACUAUUCCACAUGAGCUCUUUAACAUUUCAACUCUUCAAAUUAUUUCACUAGUUCAGAAUACUAUGUUUGGAGUUCUUCCAACCAAUUUAUGCAAUACAUCUCCCUCUCUCAAAGAGCUUUACCUUGGCAUGAAUUCAAUCUCUGGACCAAUACCAAACUCUAUAUCUAAUUGCUCUCAACUCACAAUACUCUCACUUGGUGAUAACAAAUUCAGUGGUUAUAUACCUACGGAUCUAGGCAACCUAAGACUUCUCGAAAGCAUUAGAUUGUUCCGCAACAAUCUUACAAAUGCACCCUCUUCUUCAAACAUGAGCUUCCUCACAUCCUUGUCAAAUUGCAGGUCUUUAACUCAUUUGUCUAUUUCUGAUAAUCCCUUAUACGACGUCAUUCCAGCUUCGGUCGGGAAUUUAUCUUCCUCACUCAGACGAUUCUCUGCCGGCCGUUGGAAAUUAAAUGGCACCAUUCCUCUUGAAAUAGGUGAUUUAAGAGGCUUGACAGUUUUGGCAUUAGAUGAGAAUGAGUUAUCUGGUAAUAUUCCUCUUUCCAUCAAACAUCUGCAUAAGCUUGAAAGGUUAUAUGUUGGUGAGAACAUGUUGCAAGGCCCCAUUCUAAAGGUUGUAUGUGAUUUGUACGACCUCAAUUUUAUAAGUAUUGGCCAAAAUCUGUUUUCAGGUUCAAUUCCUAAAUGCUUGGGAAACAUUUCUUCUCUAAGAUAUAUUUAUAUGUACUCCAACAUGUUCAAUUCAAGCAUACCAUCAAGCUUAUGGGACCUAGAAGAUUUGCUGAUUCUUGACUUAUUCUCAAAUUCAUUGAGUGGGUUUUUACAUAAGAAGAUAGGUAACUUAGGAGCAGCAAUCUCUAUUGAUCUAUCUAUGAAUCAGUUGUCCGGGUCUAUUCCCAGCACUAUUGGAAAGCUGCAGAGUUUGGCUAAUCUGUCAUUGGCAAACAACAGACUCGAAGGUUCUAUUCCAGUUUCCAUGGGAAGCAUGAUAAGUCUAGUCAGUCUUGACUUGUCCCACAACAACCUCUCUGGCUCAAUUCCAAAAUCUUUGGAAGCACUUCAACACCUAAACUACUUUAAUGUUUCUUUCAAUACUUUGAGUGGAGAAAUUCCAAGUGGUGGUUCUUUCAUAAACUUCACUAUGGAUUCUUUUAAGGACAAUCAAGCCUUGUGUGGAAUUCCGAGGUUCCAUGUCCUGAUUUGCUCUACAGUUUCAAAUCACAUAUCAAAGAGAAAAAAGAAGGGACAAGCUUUAUUUAUUGCUUUUGGGGUUGUGGCUUUCAUUUCAAUUGUUUCUCUAGCUUCUAUCUUUGUUAGAUACAAAAGGAAGGAUAAGACGGUUAGAGAAGUUUAUGAAUUGGCAUCCAUUGUGCUAGUAAGAAUCUCUUAUUAUGAACUUGUGCAAGCAACUGAACAAUUCAAUGAGAGCAAUCUGCUUGGUGCUGGGAGUUCUUGCAAUGUCUACAAAGGAAUUCUUAACAAUGGGAAGGUUGUCGCUGUCAAGGUGUUUAAUCUUCAUUUGGAAGGUAUUUCAAAGAUAUUUGAUAUCGAAUGUGAGAUUCUUCGUAGCAUUCGGCACAGGUGUCUGAAUAGUGUUAUAAGUUGUUGUUCCAUUGAAGACUUCAAGGCCUUAGUACUUGAGUAUAUGCCCAAUGGAAAUCUUGAGAAAUGGUUAUAUUCUCACAACCAUUUUUUGAAUUUCAUUGAAAGAUUGAACAUAAUGAUAGAUGUAGCAUCGGCUUUGGAUUAUCUUCAUGGUGGAUAUUCGACCCCUAUUGUCCAUAGUGACUUGAAGCCAAGUAAUGUCUUGUUAGAUGAAGAUAUGGUUGUCCAUGUAAGCGAUUUUGGGAUAGCAAAGUUGCUAUGCGGUGGAGAUAGCGUGGUGUUAACAAACACCUUGGGAACAUUGGGUUACAUUGUUACAGAGUAUGGUUCAGAAGGACUAGUUUCCACAAGUUGUGACGUUUAUAGCUACGGUGUGAUGUUGAUGGAAGUCUUUACGAGGAAAAAGCCAAGUGACGACAUGCUUGUUGGAGAUCUAAGCUUGAAGAGUUGGAUUGAAAGUCAGUUUCACAGUUCACAUAUAGAGUAAUUGUAACACCCCGAAAAUUCGAACCCUAAUUUUAAAGCCGUAAAAUUUUAUUGAUAACGUG